GAGACGGUGAAGCCGGUGGCUGGUGGCCGGGCGGGACCAACAAAGAUGGCGGCAGCCCCUGCGGCGGGAGAGAUCUGGGCAACAACUGCGGCUAAAGCUGCAGCCAGGCCCGCGAGGGGGCUGCUCGGGGGCAAAACGGGGUGGCCCUGAGCUGGGGCCUGGCCCCAGCUGGCCUCCCCCGCCGCCUCACCGGGGGACAGGCAGAGGCGCCGGCGGAGCCAGCGGGGCCUGGGAGAAGGAGACUGGAGGAACAGCAUUCCCCGACCGCGGGGAAUACGCGCCGGACCCGUAGCCAAUCAGCGGCCGCGGCCUUUCUGCCCUCGAGGGGGGCGGAUCCGGGUCCAGCCUGUGGUGUCCACAAUGCCCCAGGCCUCUGAACACCGCCUGGGCCGGACCCGAGAGCCACCUCUUAGUGUGCAGCCCCGAGUGGGAUCCAAGCUACCCUUUGCCCCUCGGGCUCGCAGCAAGGAGCGCCGCACCCCAGUCCCUGGGCCAAACCCCAUGUUACGACCUCUGCCUCCCCGGCCAGGCCCUCCAGAUGAACGACUCAAGAAACUGGAGCUGGGACGGGGACGGACCUCAGGCUCUCGGCCCAGAGGGCCCCUGCGGGCUGAUCAUGGGGUUCCCCUGCCUGGCUCACCUCCCCCAACUGUGGCUCUGCCUCUGCCAUCCCGGACCAACUUAACACGUUCCAAGUCUGUGAGCAGUGGGGACUUGCGUCCGAUGGGGAUUGCCUUAGGAGGGCACCGUGGUGCCAGUGAGCUGGGGGCUGCCCUGAGCCGCUUGGCACUGCGGCCAGAGCCUCCUACUUUGAGACGCAGCACCUCCCUCCGCCGCCUCGGGGGCUUCCCCGGCCCCCCAACCCUGCUCAGCAUUCGGACAGAGACCCCUCCUUCCCACGGCUCCUUCCACGUGCUGUCUGCCCGGCCCUCAGAGCCUUUCUACUCCAAUGACAAGAUGGCUCAUCACACGCUGCUUCUGGGCUCUGGGCACGUAGGCCUGCGAAACCUGGGCAACACGUGCUUCCUGAACGCCGUGCUACAGUGUUUGAGCAGCACCCGGCCUCUUCGGGACUUCUGUCUGCGGAGGGACUUCCGGCAAGAGGUGCCUGGAGGGGGCCGAGCCCAAGAGCUCACUGAAGCCUUUGCAGAUGUGAUUGGUGCCCUCUGGCACCCUGACUCCUGCGAAGCUGUGAACCCUACUCGAUUCCGAGCCGUCUUCCAGAAAUACGUUCCCUCCUUCUCUGGAUACAGCCAGCAGGAUGCCCAAGAGUUCCUGAAGCUCCUCAUGGAGCGGCUGCACCUUGAAAUCAACCGCCGAGGCCGCCGGACUCCUGCGAUCCUGGCCAGCGGGCCCACUCCCUCUCCACCCUGCCGAGGAGGGGCUCUGCUAGGGGAACCUGAGCUAAGUGAUGAUGACCGAGCCAACCUAAUGUGGAAACGUUACCUGGAGCGAGAAGACAGCAAGAUUGUGGAUCUGUUUGUGGGCCAGCUGAAAAGUUGUCUCAAGUGCCAGGCCUGUGGGUAUCGCUCCACGACCUUCGAGGUUUUUUGUGACCUGUCCCUGCCCAUCCCCAAGAAAGGAUUUGCUGGGGGCAAGGUGUCUCUACGGGAUUGUUUCAGCCUUUUCACCAAGGAGGAAGAGCUGGAGCUGGAGAAUGCCCCAGUGUGUGACCGGUGUCGGCAGAAAACCCGGAGUACCAAAAAGUUGACAGUACAAAGGUUCCCCCGAAUCCUCGUGCUCCAUAUCCUAACCGGCUUAGAUCUCAAUCGGUUUUCCACCUCCCGAGGCUCCAUCAAGAAAAGUUCCGUCGGUGUCGACUUCCCACUGCAGCGACUGAGCCUGGGAGACUUCGCCAGUGACAAGGCCGGAAGCCCUGUGUACCAGCUGUAUGCCCUUUGCAACCACUCGGGCAGCGUCCACUAUGGCCACUACACAGCCCUGUGCCGGUGCCAGACUGGUUGGCACGUCUACAAUGAUUCUCGUGUCUCCCCUGUCAGUGAAAACCAGGUGGCCUCCAGUGAGGGCUACGUGCUGUUCUACCAGCUGAUGCAGGAGCCGCCCCGGUGCCUGUGACUGCCCCUUCAAGCCCUGGCACCUGUGAAACCCUUUCAACACCCUUAAGCCCUAGGCACCCCAUUUACCUCAGAGACGUCUAUUUUUGUGUCUUUUUAAUCAGGGAGGGGGGAGGGGGUGGUUGUAGCUCCUGUUAUUUUUUUUAUUAAAAGUACCCUUUCUCCCUGGAGGCUCCCUUGUCUCCCAGCCCCCUGUACAGAGCUCACCAGGCCCCUAGCCCGUGUACAGCCCCCAGACCCUCUGCAAUCUCACUUUUUGUGAAUAAAUUUAUUAAGAAAAAGU